AAACCCAAAUCAUCAUCUUCUUCCUCUAAUCUCUCUCAUUCUCUUUCAAAUUCACUGCAAAAAUUCUCAAUUGUCAAUCAAAAUCAGUAAAAAUUGUUGACAACCCAGAAAAAUUAAUCAAAAUGGGUCUCCAAAUCACUGAAUCCCAAAACCACACUCACAAAAUAUUCCUCAUAUGCAACUACAUCCUCUUAGGAGCAGCCUCUAGCUGCAUUUUCCUAACACUUUCACUCCGCCUCUUCCCCUCAAUCGUCGGCCUCCUCUUCAUCCUCCUCCACAUUAUCACAAUUGGCGGCGCCGUCUCCGGAUGUGCCGCCUCCUCGUCCAAUGGGUCACACAAGUGGUACGCCUUCCACAUGGUGGCAACAGUUCUAACAGCAAUCUUCCAAGGAUCGGUGGCGGUGUUGAUCUACACUACAACAAGCAAUUUCUUAGAGGCAAUGAAAUCAUAUGUAAGAGAAGAGGAUGGUGCUGUUAUAUUGAAAUUGGCUGGUGGACUUUGUAUUUUGAUGUUUUGUUUGGAAUGGGUUGUUAUGAGUUUGGCAUUUGUGUUGAGAUAUAAUGCUUUUGGUAAUGGAACUAAUGGUGUUAAUGGGAGUGGGAAAGAGGAAGAUUUGAAGAACUGGCCAUGGCCUUUCCAGGUCUAAAUUUGGGUUCUAAAGUUUGAUCAUUUGGGAUUUAUGGUAUUGAUUUGUGUUUAAUUUUUUGUUUGGUUGUUAAUUUCUCAUAUUAUAUAUUGUAGUAUGUAUGAAAUUAUUUAUUAUUCUUUUGUUAAUCCUGAUUUGGAUUAUUAAUGUAAUGAAAUUCGCUUAUUCUGUUAAACAA